AUGGCGUCGAAUAGUUCCAACGUCCCGUCCGGCGACGGAGGCCAAGAAAAGCAGAAAAUGCUUCUUUCUUCAGACCAUGGACAUUUCAGCUUGGUCAAGGCCCUUCACCUUGCCGAUUUGGUAACUGAGCUCAAUGGAUUCUGCGGAGUGAUGUCCGUCUUCUCUUCCAUGCGCUACUGUCUCGGUGAUUCCUCAGACUACGGUGCCCUGUGGGCUGCUCUGGCUUUCAUGCCAUUCGGUCUAUUCUUCGACUUCAUGGACGGAAAGAUUGCCCGGUGGCGCCAUAAGUCCUCACUGAUGGGCCAGGAACUCGACUCCCUCGCGGAUCUGAUUUCCUUCGGCCUCGCCCCCGCUGCUGCUGCCUUUGCGCUCGGUAUCCGCACCUCUGUCGAUCACGUUCUCCUCACUUUCUUUGUUCUCUGCGGUCUCACCCGCCUGGCUCGGUUCAACGUCACGGUCGCUGUUCUCCCGAAGGAUAAAAGCGGAAAGUCCAAAUACUUCGAGGGUACCCCUAUCCCAACUACUCUGGGAAUUGUCGGUCUUAUGGCGUACUGGGUUUCCGAAAGCUGGACUCACGAGAACAUUCCGUUCGGUCUGGUUGCUGAGGGUACGAUCUUCGAGUUCCAUCCGGUCGCUUUGAUGUUUGUCUUGCACGGCUGCAUGAUGGUCAGCAAGACGAUACACAUUCCUAAGCCUUAA